CAACGAUUUGAGUUAAUGAUUGACUAUUUUGAACACGAAUUGACUUCUUCAUAGUAAUCAUCAUCAGACCAGAGAAAAAGUGAGGGCUCUUUACCGGCUUAAACUCCGGCAGUCCGCCGUUCUUCGCCGGCCGCAACGGCUCGAUUUGCAGGCUGGUGGGGCAAAUCCCGUUUCACUUCGUAGGAACGGAAUUUUUCACAGGAAAUUAGUUUCCUGCAAAUCCAUCCGUUAUGGCCGUUCAGUUCUCGGUACAAUUACUAUUAGUGAAACUCGUCGACAUUUUCCCCAAUCCGUCAUGUCUGGAGGAAAUUCGAAAUAGAAAUGAAGGCUCAAUCACAUUAAUUAUUGGCGCCGGAAUCAUCGGGUCGCUAUCAUUGAUGCUGCUGCUGGUGCUACCGGUGCAGGGUUACAUUUGGAGGAUAAACAAGAAUCCUGGAAAUGACAAAUGGGAAAUUGCUUCAGAAAGCCAUGAACUGUGGGAGAAUCUGGUGAAGAGUCUAGAAAAGCAGGGAAUGCACCAGGAAUCUCCUCACACUCUUUCAUCAGGAGCGACUAAUCAUUUUAUUCUUUGGAGAAGUAUCCAUUUUAGACUUAUGGUGGUCAUGAAGAAAACUCACUACCCCUUCAAAGAAUUUACUAAACCAUGGCACAAUUAGCGAUCAUUUGUUUUUAUUGGCAGGUUGAUUAGGGGGCUGGAGAACCAUCAUCAUCCAGGACAAGUUCAACUGUCCAUGCUUUUGAUGCAUCUGCAACAUCAACAGAUGGUUCUGGUUGCAGGAGCUUUGAGUCCUGAGAAGAAGAGGAGCGAGAUCUUUCCAGCCAUUGUUGUAUAGUCCAACUAUGGUUGAACUGUAUUUCAAGGCCAUCACUUUUGCGACAGGUUCUUUUACCUUUGUAAAUGGUAUCAUGUUAUGAAAUUUAAAGUUUGCAUAUAAUUGGUUGUCCAACUUUCCAAGAAUUUAUCAUAAAACUUCUGUGGAAUAGAUAAGUAGUU